CCGUGAACAAAUCAGAAUCAGGAACAGCGGCUCGCCCCACCACCUGCUUCUGUUCGUGAGGAGGGGUUGUGGGUUUUUGUGUUUUCCCCCCUCCUCUGCUCAGACGGAGGAGAAGGAGGACGACGACAGGUCGAGCGGGGGCUUCGUUGCAUCAGUCGCUGUCACCCGCACACAGAAUGGCGGCCGCCGCCGCGGGGUUUCGUGCCUCUUACCACCGGUUUCUGGACCGAAUCGAGGUCAUGUUGCCGCCCCGGCUGCGUCCCUUGUACAACCACCCGGCAGGUAUUUGAGGGGAGGAGGAGAUGGGGGAGGUCGUUUCCUUGCUCGCCAGCUGGGGAUAACUCGUGAAAUGGUGUAUGUGAAAGUGUGUGCGUGUGUCUGAGAGAGAGAGAGAACCCUUAUUUGUAAAAACAAAUAAUAUAUGCGUGGAAACAAAACAGAGCCCCCUCCCACCCUCCAGUGCCUCAGUUCCCUGCUUAUAAACCUGGAGAGGCCACCCUGGUAGUGGAAAAUGUGCGCUUGUGUUGUAUCUGGUCACUCAGACCAGGGACUGGAGUUCAUCUCCCCAUGGCCGUUGGCCUUGGACUAGUUGCCAUCUCUCAUACUGGCCUACCUCACAGGAUUAUGGAGAGUAGGGAAAGACCAGGGUGGGGGCAGAAUUCUUUGGCAAAAGAGUGGGGUAGAAAUAAAAUUUAAAAGCCCCAGGUCAGAGUUGGUUAGUACUUGGAGACAUGGCAAAGUAGAUGGUUUAGUCUCUGUCCUUGAGAACUCCUGCAAGGUGGUAGCAUUUCUUCCAUGGUGAUGGGCAGGCAAGCUUUGUGGAGGUCUGAGUUGCAGUUUUUUGGCCUUCUUUGUGCAGCCUGAGACCAGCCCUUCUAUGCUUCUGCUUCCUGCAGGUUAAUUGCUAUUGUCGUUAACAAAGGCUGCAUAGAAGUCAAAGUUCUGUUUGUCCUCUUUGACAUAGAUGCUUCUGGGAAAACAAACUUUCCUUUCACUGGGAAUGGUGAGAGAGAUUUAUUAUGGUGACCAGAUGCAAAGAGAAAUUGUCAUGUAGGGGUAAGAGAAGCUGCACCUGCUGAAAGUCCUCUUUCUGUGCUGCUAUUUAAAAUUCAAGAUGCCUGUCCUUCAUUGAAGCAGGUCAACUUAGAGGAUAAAGUUGGGGCUUUCCUACAUGGCAUGGGUCAAUCUUGCAACUGUCUGCUCCUUUAAAAGAUUGUUUUCUUGUGAAGGGAUGCUGCUUAGUCAGAUUGCACCAGCUCCUCAAAAACUUGCAUGUUCAGAAAGGAUUCCCUGCAGUUCUGUUGCCUAGGGCCCACUAAAAUCCAGAGGUGGCCUUAAUGAUUGCCUAACCGCAGAAAUUAUACAGUAGGUCCUAGAAAGGUAGCCGACUACUUUACUCCCACGCACGUUGAAAGAAAAGCAGUGAGUUAUAGGAAGUAAUCCCUCCCCACACACACACCAUCCCUCAUUUAUCAUAUUGUCAGGAGAUUCUCUUCUGUUCAUUCAAGGGACUUUUGAAAUAUAGGUUUUCAGUGGAAACUGCCAUUAGGUUUUUCUUUCUCAAAACUUCCUAAAACAUUGUGAUUCUUGGUGGCUGUCAGCAACCAUACAACAACAUAACUGGAUAACAAAAUAGUCUAAAAAUUAGGAAACUGGUAGACUUGAUUACAAAUUCCUACUCUGUUGUUGACUUUUCCUCUAGACUGAAUUUAACCAUAAUCACCCUUUGAUUUACUUACUGGGGAAAGUACUGGUAUUCUCUUAUCAUUACUUAUAAUCCAUUUUUAAACAUGCAGCUCUUUAUCUUUCCUUUUUUAUCUGCAACUGGCUUCUUUGGCUUUACUAUCUCUCCAGUGUGAAUCCUUUAGAGGUCAUUUGGUGAUGGGCUUUAUAAAAAGACAAAAAUCAAUUAACAAGAUUAUUUCUUCCUUUGCCACUCUUUAGUGCAAGCCAGUUUGUGGUGUUUGGACAGAGGAAUCAUUUGUCAUAAGAUUUUCUGGUAGUUGCAAAAGCUAAUCUUAUCUAUACUUCAGUAACUGCAUUACUUAAUUGUGGAUGUAAAUUCUCUGUGCAGAACAUAACGUGUUCCUGCAUUAUGCUACUUUAUAGUCUCAGCUUUUAUUGGGAGACUUGGAUUCAGCAAAGUACUAUGCCUCUUACACAAAUGAAAAAUACCAUGAAAGGUGAUCCAACUGAUACCAAAGGCCUGACGGCAGAAACAUUUAUUUCUUGUGAAAGAAGCUUGCAGAAGAAAUAAACCACUGUCUGUCAGGGAAGUGUGAAUACAAAUACUGAAUUAUAGUAGUGCAGAACUUGUCAUAUUGUACUUUAAAAUUGAAGUUGGGACUCUACUUCACAUUUAUGCAAAUUUAAAAUUAGUUUUGCAUGUCAUGACUUUAGUAUAGUUCCUGACUUUAGAUUGAGGACUAUCUGAUUCAGCCUUUGCUCUGGAUUCUGUAGGUAGCAAAUUACAGUGCUGCUCUAACUUACUCAAUAGUGCUGAGGAUUACUGACAUAAUGUUUGUGAAACAUAUCUUAUGAGUAGCUCAUAUACUUGCUGUAUUAUUAAGGCUCUGAAGUCAAGCAAUGAAAGGAAUACAAUAAAUUAAUGUCAGGUGUUGCAGAUUCCUUUCCUCACAAUGUCAUCUUCACUUUCUGGAAAAGGGAAUUCAUGGAAUAAUAGUUUACUGUCCACAUGUAGCAAAAAGUUUAUUCCAAAAAGCAUUUCUUCAAGAGCUUCUGACAAAUGUUGGCUCAUUUUUAAAGGAAAGGUUUUGACUAAAGAUGUGGCUUAGUUUCAUACCUGUUGAACUAAGUGUCCAAGUUUGAACUGCUGUUGGCAUUCAGGCAUAUUUUCCAAAUCUGCGUCAUGUCCAUGGUGCAGGUCAGUUUGAUGGCCUAAGUUGAUAAGUGACAUUUUACCUAGAAUACAAGCUGCAGUAGCUGAGGAAAAUCCUGUCACAUCUGGUUUGUGAAACACCCUAAUUAUCUAUACUUGUUUCAGUACUAUUUCUGUCUUUCACAAUAGUUUGUCAGUCUUGCCAAAGGACAUGAAAUGUUCUGAAAAGUAACCAUCUCUGCUUUUCGUGACUGUUGCUAUGCAAUAGAAAGUUGGUGUUGGCAGCAGAACCACAUGACUUGGAGCUUUCCAUUUGUUCUUUGUGUAGCUCCUCUGAAUAGAAAGCUCUUUAGAAUUCCUCAAAUGCAUCAAGAAUAACUGGGCUGCUGUCUUGCAAGAAAUGUACAGAUUGCAACAAAUUUAAGUAUAUUUAGGAAUAAUGAUUUCUGAAAAAAACAACCUGAAUAAUCCCAUCACUGAAAGUAGCAUCUUCAUUUACCUACAUAACAUCUUGACUUAAUGUUUCUCUCAGUUGCAUAGCUUAACUCUAGAACAACUUCUAUAGAAGUUCUUCUUCAAAUCGGUACCAAAGUUUUGCAAUGGUUUUGUAGUGAAAUGCCCACAUCUUGCUUCACCUUCACAAGUGAGUAACUGUUGACUUGCAAGUUCUGCUUCCCAGAAGGCAAUCCUAGUGAGCUCUUUGGGGCAUCUUCUAAGUGUGUUUUAAACUUAAUAGACACUAAAGACAGAGUAUUACCAAAUGUGAACUUGCCAGACAGUUGUCUUGUUGUUUAGUGGUUGUGCACCAGUCUCAUACAUUCAUUGAAAAACAAAGGUGAAGAACAGUAACUCUAGUAUGGACCCACAAUGAGUAAGACAGUAACCUAAUUUUGGAGGUGCUGCAAAAUGUGAGGGUUUUGCUACAAAAAGGGUUGGAGUGAAUCAAACAAUGUUGGGUUUCUGGGUGAUACCUAUGAUCCCCAAUUCAUGUAGCAAUUACUCGGUAAUGCAGCAUUCGCACUGCAAAAUGACUGCAAAAAAUUGGCACAAGAUUGGAGGGAAUCCCAAUUUUGGGGUUCACACUUAAUGAAGCUGCUAUAGAGCUCAACACCUGUGAAAAGGUCACAUUGUAUGGCAAAGUACUCUUUAAGACCUUGGUUUAAUCUCUGAAGAAGAAUGGCUCCAGAGAAUCGUGAAAUUGGCCAUCACUUCCAUAGGAGCAACAUUGUUUUCGGCAUUUCUUUUAAUUACACCUCGAAGUGUUUGUAACAAAUCCUUCAGGUGCUACAAAAAAAGGUACAAAAGUAGUUUGAACAGGUCAGACAACAGAAGGUAGGAAGCAGAAUAUGCAUUCAGCUUGGUGUCAGAUUCCUCAUGAGGUGCUUUGAAUAGAGUUGUAUAAGUAUUAUGAUUACACAUAAGGAAAAAUGGAUCAACAGACAAUUGCAAAACUUGUGUUGCAGGAGAAAAGCAAUUUUGUGGAUCUGUUGUAGUUUUUGCACUGGUAACAAGUACUGUACUAGAGACAGAAACAUUUGUUCCUGCCCCACACAUGAUGGGGCCCCCAGCUAAUCAUGGCAGAAAGUAGUGCCUGGUACCUCUGGACAAAUGCAGCAGUGCUGGGGCAGGGGAUAAUAUUUCUUUACGUGUGUGGGUGUCAUCUGCAUUUUCUUCCACCACUUUGGUAAAACUGUCCUUUGUGUCAUAACUCCCAUUUCCUGUUUUCAGAUAUUUGAUUGCACCUCAGCAGAAGAGCUCUUAUCACUUCUCCCCUGUGCUGUAGUGUAAAACAUAACUAUUCUGUUGGUGCAUGUGCACCAAGGCUACUUGCUGUUUUAAUAAUUCACAUAAUUCAGUGGUUUUGUGCAAAUUGUCACACAGCAGAAUCAUGUAGCUAAUGAAAUAUUUCUCUUUCAGGUCCUAAAACAGUGUUUUUCUGGGCCCCUAUUAUGAAAUGGGUAAGUUGAGAAGAGGUUUGUACUAUUGACAAUUUUUUGUUGUGACUGGCCACUGCUAGUAAUUAUCACUAUUGUACUGCAUUUCAUUUGCUUCUGACCUCACUGUUUUACACUUCUCCCCCACCCAAUACAUGUAGCUCAAAAUAACACUUCAUACAUCUGAAAAGAGUGCACUGUAGUCUACAAAAGCCUAUGUCAUAAUAAAUUGGUCAGUAUUUAAGGUGCCACAAGACUCCCCACCCUCAAAAAAAUGUAUUCCACUCUGUUUCCUCCCUGGAGCCCUUUGUGGGAGACGGGCAGGCUAUACACAAAUAAAUUAAAUUGUGGUGCAUGUAUUUUAACGGAACCUGACUAAAAAUAAUUAUGUUGUUUGUGUAUAUAGACAGACAACUCUUUCUUCUUGCCUGAAUUCUGCUGGUCCAUGAGAAGCAUUUGGAUAUGUUGGAAGAAAGAUGUAGAAAUAAGUCCCACCUUAAUUGUGUUGAAAUGCUAUCUGACAGUUUAGCAGAAAUUUCUACUAAACUAGGUACUAACACUGCAUGUCUUCUCUCUGAACUAUCAUAGUGCUAUUUUGUUGCACCUGCACCUACAACCAUGGCAUUGGCGACUUUAUAUAGUCACUAGUUGGAAGCCACUAGUAUCAGUAGGACAUACAUUUAAUAUAAAUACAGCAAGACUGCUUAUUGGAAUUGGGAAACACAACUUUCCAGUUCUUAAAUACUGCAUUUGGUUUUGAUGCACAAAGCCCUUAAAAUACCUAGGCCUUGAUAUUUCAAGGGCCAUUUGCUUCCACGUGAACGUUCCUGUGUAGUAUGAUCUUUCUUCUGCUCAGUGUCCUAACAUUUUGAGGCAUGGUGAGUGAGCAUGAAGUGCAGGGUCUUUUCAGCUGUAGCACCUUUAUUCUGCAACAGUCUCUCCUUAUUAAUUCCCAAGUAUUCACUGAUGCUUUAAGUGACAAGAAAUCUGUAUUGUCUUGUCUAGCAAGUCCCAAAGCUUUUAGAAAAUAUUUCCUGCCCAAUAUGCUCAAACAACUCUUAGCUGGGUGUCAAGUUCCUCUGGGACCAGCCUUGUAUAAUUGCCAUCUUUUUCCUGUGGAGACGAAUCUCUUUGCACUUUUUCAGUUAAAACAGGCCAAGCUUCUUUGCUUCAUCUGUACAAGUAUGGAAUGUCUGGGACAAUGGGCAAUGCUUCUUCAUCAAUCAAUUAUAGUGUGUUUGAAGCCUAAUAAUACCAGAUACACUCAGCAGUGGCAAUCAUAUAUUUUGACCUGUGUAGCACAGGAAAAAGGCAAAACCCUUAUCCCUGAAGUAGCACAUUGGAGGCUUUCUGAAAGCAGCAAGAACUCUUGCUCUUUCAGUUGCAGUAGUACAAGCCACUAUUUGUACCUCACCUACUUAAUCCACUCAACAGGAUUAAGAAUCACAAGAUUCAGCUGGCUGUCCAAACCAGCUAAAAUUUAUUAUUUGUCUCCACCAACUUUUCCUCCCAUGUAACAUGUCCCCUAAACAUGGGAGUUACUCUAGCUCUUAAAUUGUGAAGUGCAUGAACUAUAGUAACGGUUGUUGUUGGAAUCCAUCUGUCUCAAGAGACACUGGAGUGCCUCCGGGGCUGAAGUCAAACCGCUGUGUUAGCAGCACCCAGCUGACCUCCCUAGAGCAUAAGCCUGGGCAGUGUGUAUGGGGGUCCUGGGCUGCCCAGACAAGAAGACCUCCCUCUUGGCCUUGCUGAUGUGGUCCAAAGGAAAGCAGAGCAAUAUGUCUGGCACCAGCUUGGCUGCAAGAAUUGCCGGAAGGAGGUAUACAAGAUGUCAUCCAACCGUCUUAGGGACACCACUCUGAAUUUGUGUAGGGUUUACUGCUUAACCUUUUCUUCUCGCAAAGAUAUCCCACAAAGCAGCAGAGGUAUAGGAUCUGAGUUUUCCUUCUCCUAGAUGGGCUGCAUUCCCAAACUGACAAGCCCCAUCUGCCCUCUCACUUCCUGCUCCAGUACAUGCAAAAUCUACCUUCUUGACCGUUGGACCCACUAUUGGUCUCAUUCGCUCAGUCUACCAGAGCCUGGCUUUGCAUGCAGGGGAAGUUCCUAACACACUGAGGGUUUGAGACUCAUUGGUUACCUUCACCUGGUUUAGCCAGCCAUUUGAAGCCAUUCCUAGGGUGUGGCUACUGUUGCAUGCUGAUAGCUUCUAGGAGCCACAAGUGAGAGUCGAGUGCAGGGUGGGGACCAAAGAUGAACAAACUACGCCAGAAUGAGCACAAUGUCUUCCUCACCAGAGGUGCUACUGCUCCCCAACACCCCAUAACUCCUGUUGACUAGGUUCUAAUUAAUGAAGACACACUGCUAUAAUACUGCACUAAAGCUGGCUGCUACUUCCUUUUAUAGGGCUUGGUAUGUGCUGGAAUGGCUGAUAUGACCAGACCAGCAGAUAAACUCAGCACAUCACAAUCUGCUGUGCUAAUGGCCACAGGUAUGUUUAUUCUCACUUUGCUGUUAAAAAUUUUUUAAUUAAAUGUUAAAAAAAUCAUCAGCUGAUAAUAGAAGUUGUGGAGGAAAGAACCAGUUAUUGCUUCCAUGUAACACAUUAUGGAUUGGGAUGCCAGUUCCUAGUGCUGCCAUCUUCCAUUCUAUAAGUAUUGGGGGGGGGGGAUAAUUGGCUCAUAAAUAACUGAGAACACCCAACUUGAAUGGCAUAAGCAUGAAGCUUUCUAUCAUGUUUAGAUGCAACUUUUCUCCGAAUCUGAACAUCUGAUACUACAAUCAUUGUUGACCUUUGGUACUAAUAAAUCUACUUGGUAUUAAACCUUUGCUUUCUUUAUGAUCCAACAGGUCUUAUCUGGUCAAGAUAUUCUCUAGUUAUUAUUCCUAAAAACUGGGGUCUCUUUACAGUUAACUUCUUUGUUGGCUGUGCUGGAGGCUCUCAGCUAUACCGUAUAUGGAGGUACGUAUGGCAAGUAGGUCAGAAGACUAAGUUGUAGCCUAUUCUAGGAUCUGUUCUUCAGACUAGCUGAGCUGCUUUCUUCACUUUAGGGCUUCUCAACCUUUUUCCUGGCAUGACUCAUUUGCUUUAACAGUACAUGAAACAUCCAAUGUUCUGUCAUGGGGAGUGAUGACAGAGAAACUUCAUUUGCUGCCAUGCUACUCAAGGCAUGGCAACCAAGAGGGUUGUUCCCACACCUUUCCCUGUGAGACUUCUCAGUCCCCAAUCUAAACCAUUGUAUUUAUCAAUAUUCAAGCUUGAUUUGGCUUGUGCAAUGGAAAUCCCCCCGCCUAUCCCAGCCAGGCUCUUAAAUCCUUCUGCACUAUUCUUCUUCCACCUGCUUCCUGCUCCAUUUCAGCAUCUGCAGUAACUAUCCUAUAUGAAUUUGGGAGCUGGCAACCAUCUCCUCCCUUUACGAAUUGUGGCAUAUCCCACACCGUCAGAUCCUUAGCCUUGACUGCCUCGGUAAGAUAUAACAUGAUAGCCCUCUGACUCCCCUCCCAAGCCUCUACAGUUUGAGAAACUGUUUUGAAGCCAUACACAUGUUGCCCUGGCCCUCCUGCCAAAACAUAGUUGUAGAGUGGAUGUAGAAGCUUCUUAAGCAUUAUCCCUCACUGAUCCAAACCACCAGUGGUUAUACUUAAUAUCCUGGCAAAAUAGAUCAAAAUUGGGUAUAGCAGUCCAUUUGCAUCAGGUGUUGUGCUAGUCUAUAUUCUGUCUUGAGUAUUGGAACUGCAACAGUUGUAAAGGCAGAAGCCAUCCUAUAGCAAAAUGUUAGGUAUAAAGAAUAAGCAUCAGUUGUAGCUAGUUUAAAUAUGGCCUAAUCUAAAGCUUCCUAGUAGCAUUUUAGAAUAAACCCACCUAAGUUUAUUUUCCAUUCUUAAGGGUUCAGCAUUCUAGAAAGACUAGUUUGUGUACACAGCAAAAAUGUUUAUCGAGGAUGGGCAGCAAUGCUUACUUGGCCUCCUGGCACCAGCAUCACUGAAGAUUACUGGGAGGGGAAGAGGAAGGGUGUAGCGGUGGGGAGGUUGGAACGGUGUGAAUGCCAAAUGCCUUCCUUAUCCUCUCUCCCUUUCCCACAAACCACAGUGUUGCCAGUGCAGGGUGGCCAGGUAAGUGCCCCUGACUGCUCCUGACAUACAGUGCAGAUCAGCUGUAAUAUUUCCAAAGAUUACCUAUAUGCCUUCUCCCAACUUUUAACAUAGAAUAAUUAAGCUACUUUUCAAAUAGUGCUUAAAGGGGAUUUACAUCUUAAAAGGUGGCUUACAAAUAUUUGUGAAGUUGUAUAAGAGGCAGGGUUUCAAAAGCAGAUAUCCUACCUUGCAACAGUAAGUGCUCCCUCACUUUGUGUCUGGUUGUAAACAGAGCAAAUGCUUUCUUGAAAUAUUCCCCCCCCCCCAAAAAAAAAGUCAACAAUGAUCAGAAAACAUGUAAGGGGAGGAGGGAAAAGCUGCUUCUGUCACUGCCCCCUCCUCUGCCACAAUCAAUAGUAGUAUAUGAUAUCUUAACCUUGGCAAAGCACAUGCACCCAGAUCGUGUCUGGGAAAGCUAAAAUAUGUAACCUAAACCUUGAAUUGUAACCAUAAUUGGCUAUUCUUUUUCUGACAGGUAUAACCAAGACCUAAAAGCCAAAGAACUGGAGAAGUAGAAAUUCAAGCUCAGCUCCUCAGAUCUCAUCUGCAAAGCAACUUCCCAAGGGACCUAGAUUUAAUCUUGUUCAUUUUGCCCUGUGUGAAUUUUUACUAAAGUUGGUAGAGCAUGUUUUUUUCUAUAAGUUUAGAAAGCAGUCUCUUUACAUGGAAAUAAAACCUUCUACUAAACAAUAAAACCUUAAGCUGCG